AUGUCUUCGUCGAAUCUCCCGGUGAUCAUUAUCGUUCCAGGUGCCUUUGGGACACCUGAAGGCUUCGAAAGAUUGCUCCCGUAUCUGAACAAAGUCGGAUACACAACACACCCAGGAUCAUACCCCAGUUGCAACCCCUCUGAUCCAGCCAGUGUGUCUGCUCUUCUGGAUAUCGUUUUCUUGCGUGACAACGUAUUACUUCCUCUUUUGAACGAGCAAAGUAAAGAUGUCGUCAUCCUCGCACACUCAUACGGCGGUGUUGUCGCAGCUGGUGCAGCAAAAUACCUUGCAAAGGAGACCAGAAUAGCCCAAGGUGAAUCUACUGGCGUCAUCGGCCUUAUUUACGUGGCAGGCAAUAUUACACUUGAAGGAGAAUCUCUCUUCACUGCUGUAGGCGGCGCCUAUCCUCCUUUUAUUAAAGUCAACAAGCCAUCUGAGGGCCUUUCUGUCAUUGAACCGGCCAUGGAUGUUUUGUACAAUGACUGCGACCGUGCCCUUGAGCCAGAAUUGGCUAAGCUAAUGCAGCCACACGCACUUCGAGCUUUUGAAACCCCCGCCACUGCGCCAGCCUGGGCGGAAAGCGCUUUUGAUGGCAAGAGAGCGUAUGUGCGUACCAUGGAUGACUGCUGCAACCCUUCAUCUUUGCAGGAUAUGUGGCUGGAGAAGUCCAAGGUCGAAUGGGAUGUUGUGGACUUCAAGACAGGACACAUGCCAUUCGUGAGCCAGCCUGAGGCUUUGGCAGACCAGAUUAUCAAGUUCAUCGAGGGUUUUAUUGCAAAGUGA